GCGGCCGGGGCCUGCUGCGCUGGGACGGCUUCUCGGCCUGGUUGCACUGCGUGUGUGUGGUGGGCUUCGACCUGGAGCUGGGCCAAGCCGUGGAGGUGAGGCCCGGCCGCACCUUGCCCCCGCGCCUCGUUCGGGUUCCCGCGCCCGGGCGGCUCCAGCAGGGCGUGUGGCCCACGGGCCGACGGGUCUGGACCCCGGCCGCUGCGCAUCCGGGCGUGGCUGGCCGUCCCUCCGCGGGUCGGCCGGGCUGCGGUCCAUUGGCAGUUCCCGUGGGAGGAUCGUGGGCUGCGGCUAGGGGUGAAAAGUUCUUUCUAGGCCCCUCCUAAAUACUUGCCGAGGUUCGUUGUUGUUUGUGUUUUUAACCCGGUGUCACAGGAGUGACUAAAAUGGGUAGCGGCACCCCGAGAAGGCUGCAGGCAGGAUGUUGGCGACUUUUUGAAGAAACGAACAAUGCCCCUGACAUAGGGUGAACUAUAAUAGCCAAACCUCACACAGCCAACUUUUUUUAGACUCCUAGACGUUUCGGUCAUUUCCAGUAACUUAUAGUUACUUUAGACCACCCAACUUGAGCCGAAAUGCUUAUUUCAGCAGGAUUUUCUCCAUUUCCCCCUUUUGUUCCUCAUUUCUAUUAUUUGUGUUUUUUUUUCCCUUUACUGUUCUUUCUUGAUGUUGCUUCUGAAACAGUUGGCUUGAAAGCUACUAUCAAGAUGAACAUAGGGAAAAUCCUUUGCUUGUGAAUCUGUCAAGUUUUCCAUUUAUAUGUCACCUUAUUGAAAGGCCUUCCAGUGUUAUUUAUUCUUGACAUUGUUUAGGAUCCCUUUUGUAGCAUAAGACAUUGCUUGUCUUUGUGUACAAGGAAAACGUUAUCAGAAGGAGGUAUGUUUAGAAAAUUUUUGUCUGUUUGUUUUGGUGACGAUGGCAGAUUUUAAGAAAACAUCUCAUUCAGACUUUAGUGGCAUGAGUUGGCUAUGAAAAUUGGCCAGAGAGGUUUUUCUUAAAGCAAAGCUACUGCUUUUGUAUUCAACCUAUCUUCUGUUUUAUCAUUACACAGUUCAAUACACACAUUAAGUUUCUGCUAAGAUCUAGGCAUUAUGCUGGUUGCUGGGCAUCCAAAUAUGAACCAAAUGCUUCAACCUGUAUUAGUAGGUUUAGACUACAAUUUAGAGGGGAACCAAGAAUUAAUCACAGCAGGAGAUAGGGCCAAAUGCCAUGACUGGCACAUAGUGGUGUUCCAUACAUAUUUGUUGAUAGAAUGAGCGGAUACAUGAGCAAUUCUGUAUCUUACUAUGACAGAAACAACAGUUUCCAAAGACUUCAGAGAUUUAGAGGUCAUCUAUUGUUUACAUUGACAUGUUAACCUGAAGUUGUAUGUGUAGCAAAAUACAAUUUAACCAGAAAGUGUAGGAUUGGGUUGUUAUAGUUGAUUGCAUUUUAAAAUAGCUAAAUGAGAUCCUUGUGGACUCUCGUCAUUUGGGACAUUAUUUUUAAGGAUUUUUUUUGACCAAAUAAGCAACAUUUAGCGUAAUUGACGUGCUACAAAAAUGUGAAUUAAAGGACUUAUUUUGAAUUUCAUUUCCAAUGGGAUAUGCUACUCAACAGAGUUUUCUUUAGGUCAGUGGUUCUUUUUGUGCAUCCUGGACCUUUUAAAAAAUAUGAACUCCAGGGGCGCCUGGGUGGCUCAGUCGGUUAAGCAUCUGACUUCAGCUCAGGUCAUGAUCUCACAGUCUGUGGGUUCGAGCCCCAUGUCGGGCUCUGUGCUGACAGCUCGGAGCCUGGAGCCUGCUUCAGAUUCUGCUCUCUCUCUGACCCUCCCUCAUUCAUGCUCUGUCUCUAUCUCAAAAAUAAAUGAACAUUAAAAAAAUUUUUUUAAUUCAAAAAAAUAUGAACUCCAUUACAAAAAUGCUUACUGAUACAAAAUUAGGUAUAUGCUUCUGUGGACUAUCUGGGGGUCAUCUGUGGAUCUUCUAUUUCAUUGUCCCCAGAUUAAGAAUCACUCAUUUUAUAAAAAAACGUUUUUAAUGUUUAUUUAUUUUUGACAGAGAGAGAGAGAGAGACAGUGCGAGUGGGGGAGUGGGAGGGAGAGAGAGACGCACACAAUCCGAAGCAGGCUCCAGGCUCUUGAGUUGUCGGCACAGAGCCUGACGCAGAGCUCAAACUCACGAACCACAAGAUCAUGAUGAGAGCCAAAGUUGGACGCUUAACUGACUGAGCCAUCCAGGUUACCCAAGAAUCACUGAUUUUAGAAGGCAUAGGAUGAGGGUGGGGAAGAUUCUCUAAUAAAGGAUCCAAAGAAAGAUAAAUACAUUAAAUGAAUUGCAACACAACUUAAUUUUGUUUUGUUUUCCUAAGAAAUGUAGAAUAUUGCACCUUGCCACUUUUAAAAGAAGAAAAAGGAACACAAAUUAGUAAUGAAUAUAAUGAAAUAGUUGAGAAAUGUAGUUCACUUGUGUAUUAUGACCAUAUCCAGGCCAAAAAUAGGACAAGAAAGUGAACGUAGAAUCAUGUUGGAGAAGUGAAUAUAGUAGUUCCAGCCCUAAUUCCUAUGAUGCACAACCAUGAAGACUCAAAAGGGAAAUCAAUUAAAGAGUAGGUAAAAAUUAAAGAAUAGGUAAAAACUUAGUCCUAGAAGCAACCUGUGACAUCACCAUCUUUGAAUUGUACAGUUGAAAGAGACUAAGAAUCUGUUGUGCCAUGACAGAAAGUACCAUUUACAAAUGCAUAAACAGUGCCACUUAGUUAAGCUUAAAUCCUUAACAAAGAGACAACAUAUAUGACAUCGAUCAAGGACUCAGACUCCAGAGCUGGACUGCCUAGGUUUGAGUCUGUGAUUUGGGGCAUAUUAGCUUGCCUUACACUUCUCUGUUAACAAUCUGCAUCAUGGCAUUGCUGUGAUAAUUAGAUAAUGUUGGUGAAACAUUUGGAACAGUACCUAUGACUCAGACCUAUGUCAGUGUGUAUUUGGGAAGUAUUGAAAUCCUUUUUUUUUUUUUUUUUUUAAUAUUUAUUUUCAGAGAGAGAGUGGGGGAGAGGGAGGGAGGGAGAGAGAGAAUCCCAAGCAGGCUCCAUGCCAACAGUGCAGAACCUGACACAGGGCUUGAUCUCACAAACUGUGAGAUGACCUCAGCAGAAAGCAAGAGUCUGAUGCUUAACUGACUGAGCCACCCAAGUAUCCCCCCAACCUUUUUAAUUUUCAAUGGAGAGAAUCCUUAACUUGAUUGUAAACAUGAGGCCUUUGAGCCUUAAUUUUCUCAGUAGUAAUAUGAAGUUGAGGAAGUAGAAUCAGUACUUUUAUUUUAAAGCAGGGAAACUUUUUUCCCUGUAUAAAUAAAAAUCUAAUAUAGGACCUCAGUGGCUUACUUGGUUGAGAUGGGGCCUAUGUUGUGUAUAUUUGGUUGCAGACAGCAGAAACUAAGCUAUACCUCAAGCAGAAAAGGAACUUGCUGUAAGGCAACAGAUUUUCCAACGUCUCCAAGGAAUGCCAGUGGCCUGGGGGACAGAGAUGCCUGGACUUGAGCUGUGGAGAGAGGAAACUUCAAGAGAGAGGCGUCUCCAGGUAAUUUAUCCUCAACAUUCCAAACUUACUGAUAAGGAAAAAACCAAUAUUUGCUAUUUGUCUUUUCCAGAUUCAAAUUCAGGUUGUCUUGGAGAUACCCAGUUUUGUUUUAGAUUUCGACAAUCUUCUGGGAGGAGGGUGUCACUGCAUUGUCUCCUGGAUCAUUAUGACAAAGAUUUACCAGUUUACUUAAAGAAGGAUCCUGCUUAUUUUUAUGGAUAUGUGUAUUUCCGACAAGUUCGAGAUAAAAGUCUAAAAAGAGGCUACUUCCAGAAGUCCUUGGUUUUGAUCAGCAAACUACCUUACAUUCAUUUUUUUCAUACCGUGCUCAAACAGAUAGCACCAGAGUAUUUUGAAAAGAGUGAACCUUAUUUGGAAGCAGCUUGUAAUGAUGUUGAUCGAUGGCCUGCCCCAGUGCCAGGGAAGACAUUACACCUGCCUAUUAUGGGGGUUGUAAUGAAGGUACGGAUUCCCACAUGUCAUGACAAGCCUGGGACAACUCAAAUAGCACAGUUAACUCAGCAGGCAGACACACAUAUAUCUGUUAUUUUACCUACUGUUCAUGAGGUGGAUCUUUUCAGGUGUUUCUGCCCAGUUUUCCUUCAUAGUCAGAUGCUUUGGGAGCUGGUCCUGUUGGGGGAGCCCCUCGUGGUCAUGGCACCGUCACCAUCAGAGUCGUCAGAGACUGUAUUGGCACUUGUGAACUGUAUUUCUCCAUUAAAGUACUUCAGUGACUUCCGACCUUACUUCACUAUUCAUGAUAGCGAAUUCAAAGAAUAUACUACUCGUACUCAAGCCCCGCCCUCAGUCAUAUUAGGAGUAACCAACCCUUUUUUUGCAAAAACACUCCAGCAUUGGCCACACAUUAUUCGAAUAGGAGACCUUAAACCUGCAGGUGAAAUUCCUAAGCAGGUUAAAGUGAAAAAAUUGAAGAACCUAAAGACUCUGGAUUCUAAACCUGGAGUUUAUACUUCUUAUAAGCCAUAUCUAAAUAGAGAUGAAGAGAUCAUAAAACAAUUACAGAAGGGCGUACAACAGAAACGUCCUUCUGAGGCUCAAAGUGUUAUUCUCCGUCGCUAUUUUUUGGAACUGACACAAAGUUUCAUCAUUCCAUUAGAAAGAUACGUGGCAAGCUUGAUGCCUUUGCAGAAAAGCAUCUCUCCAUGGAAGAGUCCACCCCAGUUAAGACAAUUCCUUCCAGAAGAAUUUAUGAAAACACUUGAGAAAACAGGACCUCAGCUGACCUCUAGAAUAAAAGGCGAUUGGAUUGGACUUUACCGGCAUUUUCUAAAAUCUCCGAAUUUUGAUGGUUGGUUCAAGACCCGGCGGAAGGAAAUGACCCAGAAAUUGGAGGCACUCCAUUUAGAAGUUCUUUGUGAAGAGGACUUACUUCUCUGGACCCAGAAACACACAGAGGUAGAAACAGUUGACCUUGUAUUGAAGCUAAAAAACAAGCUGUUGCAGGCUGAUCGAGAACAUUUACCUGUGAAACCUGACACUAUGGAAAAGUUACGGACACACAUAGAUGCAAUUAUCUUAGCGUUGCCAGAGGACCUACAAGGCAUACUGCUCAAAACGGGCAUGACAUGAUAUUUGCCAGGAUUUUCCAGCCGAAAAGGAUUGUGCACCAUGAAGCAUACUGACAUUUCAACCCGACGCGCAAAAGAGAUGUCUCAGCGUGGAAAAUAGCCGUGAAUGCUAGCUACAGGGUGGAAAGACUAUACUGACUAAACAGACCUUCUUAGUGCAUUAUUUUUAAAAAUGGACAUCUGUGGUGGUUCCACUUUAAUAUUGAAACACCGAGAGGCAUUUCUAUAUUUUUAAUCAUGUUCUAAAGUGCUCUUAUGAGAGACCUGUGGGGCCAUCAGUAUAAGUGAUUCCAAACUGCAGUGCUGGCACUGCAGAUAUUUUUUUAAAUUGGUGCUGCUUUGCCCAAUCAUGUUAAAACUCAGGGGGAUAUAUAAAAAUAACAUUCACACUGGCUCUCUUCUUAAGAAGAAGGAAAAUACUGAACUGUCCAACUGUAGUUAGAAGUGAUUAAUGCUUUUGUAGUGCCUUCUGUUGUCCUACAUGUUUCACAAAGCCCAGCUGCUACUCUUGAAGCUUUUUCUUGAUUAUGAUACAUAAUUUUAUAAGGCAUUCUUCUGAGUAAUCAUUGCUUAAAAAUACAUUUCUUGCCUCCCAUCAUGUUUAUUGUUAGUGCCCUGGUGGGUGAUUUUUUUCAGUGGUCAUGUAAGUUUCAUUUCAGUAUAUUCUAUACCAUUUCAAAUUUAAUCUUACCACUUUCUCCAAAGGCAAGAAAGCAUCUGGCAUUAAUUAUGGAAGGGUUUAUUUCCUCUUAUCAUUUACUGGUUGGACCUGUUUAAGUUAAUUAGCUUGUAUGUUUUUCAGAGACACUCUAAUUGUAAAACUCAUAAUCAGCUAUUUUUAAAACUGAACUAUUCUUAUUUCAAAGGCAUUCAUAAACCUUUUAUGUUAUAGUCAUUUGGGUGAUUAUAAGAUUAAUUUUCAGCAUUAUUUGUUUAGUAUGGAACUUUUUUCCCCCCAAAUUCAUAUUUCUCUGAACACUUUCCCUACUGUUGUUAGACUUGGGGAAUUUUGCCUAAAUCGCUGUUAGAGCUAGUUUGUUGUUGUUGUUGUUGUUUUGUGUGUUUUUGUUUUGUUUUGUUUAAACUGUAAUACCUUGCCAAAAAUAGAAGAUUGUGGUUUGGUAGAGUACAGUUGUUUGGUUUGUGUUUGAGUAGGAGUGUCCUCCAGAAGCCACUAUUUAAAAUAGCCACACAUGACAUAGCACAUAUGUAAAUAGCUGUGUCUUGAAUUACCCUCUAAGUAACCAAAUUUAGUUGUUAUGUGUUUGUAAUAGAAAUGACUUCAGAAGCUAUCUCUUGUUUUCUGUUAAUGCAACUCUUAAGGGCACUUUUGACCCAGAAAGCCUCCUUGUGUUUGUAACUGUGGUCUUAUACCCAAAUGUGCCCUUUUCUCAUGGAUACAGUCUCUUGAAGCAUACCUCAAAGUCAUAGAGAGAAUAUGGCAUUUGAAAGAAAUCAUUUGCCUUGGAUCCAUAUGAGUUAUUUUGUGAAACAACAUUGUCUUUAUGGAAAAGGGGCAACUACUUUUAUAUGCUAAAGUAUUUCAUAUCUUUCUGGGAAACCUUAUUUAGGUAUAAAUCGUCAUCUUAUUAUUUUUCAAAAAGGGGUAUUUUAAUAAUCUUACAAUUUAUAUACAGUUUGUGGCCAGAAUUUGGAAGUCCUUAGUGUCAUAUCAAGGAUCUUUUAAAUUAUACCACUACAGGAUGUAUCAUUUCAAGUUUAUUUUGCACAGCUAAUGAGUAACAAAGGAUGCCAAGUAGCACAAUAACAGUAUCUUCAUAUUUAACUAAAACCUAACACAUGUUGAAAACCAUUAUCAUACUUACCUGGUUUAUUAAUUUCAAAUUAUGUAUUUGUAAAAAUAACUUAAAAUUGGAUUGGGAACCUGAGAAAGACUGACUAGUAACAAUUUUUUGUGUGAUUUUCAGUGUUGCCUUUUUUUUUUUUUUUUUUUUUUGAGGAGACAUUGUUAAGAUCUAAAACCUACCGUUUAAUGUUUAUCUCCACCAGCAUCAGAAGGAAUCACUGCUUUCAGGGUGUUAUGUAAUGCCUAGUGCCUUCUGUUUUCAGUGGAAAAGAGGUUUUAUGAAGGCAUUUAUGGCCAUUACUGAAAAGUGAAUUAAAGGCCUUGGAUUUUAAAGCACUUGGAUAUCUUGUGUUAUUUCUGAGUAAGGUUGGAAUGCUUGAAAAAACACAUAAUAAAUGAAACUUGUGCAU